GUCUGGUUGAGGUUUAAGACGUAAUUUGAACAGUGUAUAAGGAUUACAAGAAGCGGGAACAAUCGGAGGUGACAAUAGGCCUAAGAAAAACACCUUAUUCUAGGACCUAUAAUAACCCGUGCCUGUACUACUCUUUCAGCCUUAUAAGUUUCGCCUGAGCUUGAGACAUCUGCUGCGCACUCUUCGCAGCCCAAACUCUCUGCCACUGGGAAUAUUACGCGCUUUUGUCAAAGGUUGUUAUAUUGACGUAAAAUAUACUGGCUAUUGUUUCCAAAUAGCCUAUAAUCGGGGUUGCAUGCAUCAAUGCCAAGAAAUUUCAUUAGGGAAACUUUGCCCAAGGAAAACCAGCGCUAUCUGUGUAGGAUGGAGCCAGUGGCUAAGGAGAGAGCCACGACAGAGAAUGGACGCAAGUCCUCACAGAGGGAGCAACGAUCCUCUAGCUCCAGCCUCAAGAUGUUCCUUGUGGCCUUGUCAUUUGCCUACUUCGCCAAGGCCUUGUCCGGCAGCUACAUGAAGAGCACAAUAACCCAGCUGGAGAGACGCUUUGACAUCCCCAGCUACCUAAUAGGUGUCAUCGACGGGAGCUUUGAGAUGGGUAACCUGUUGGUUAUAGCGUUCGUGAGUUACUUCGGUGCAAGGCUGCAUCGGCCCAAGAUCAUAGCCAUUGGUUGUGUGCUGAUGGCAGUGGGAACAUUCAUCAUCGCUCUGCCACAUUUCCUCAUUGGACGCUAUAAGUUCGAAACGUCAAUCCGAUCGUCAGUGAAUUCAACCAAUAACCUCUCUCCAUGUCCAGCACGUCUGCUGUCACCCGUCGCACUAGCUUCUGGUGACGUUCUUCCUGAAGUGCAGAGCGCCGGUGUAGCAGGCUGUGAGGGUGAGUCCAAUCUAUCCAUGUGGAUCUAUGUUUUCCUGGGGAACGUUUUACGAGGGAUCGGGGAGACUCCAGUGCAGCCACUUGGAAUCUCUUACAUAGACGAUUUCGCCCGGGAGGAAAAUGCUGCCUUUUAUAUCGGUUGCGUUCAGACAAUAGCGGUCAUUGGUCCUGUGUUUGGCUAUUUACUGGGAUCCCUGUGUGCCAAGAUCUAUGUGGACAUUGGAUUUGUCAGCAUGGAAAGUAUUACCAUCACCCCAGGUGAUGCCCGCUGGGUGGGGGCUUGGUGGUUGGGUUACCUGAUAGCUGGAGUGAUCACCUUGCUCUCCGCCAUCCCCUUCUGGUUCCUGCCCCGUUCCCUGCCCAUCCCUGCAGAACAAAGCCUGGCACAGUGCUCCCCAGAGCAGGCUAGCUUCAUUAAAGAUUCGCCUCAUCUGGAGCACAAGUACCAGGCCGAUGAGCCAGCCAGCUUCCUGGAGAUGGCUAAAGAUUUCAUACCAACUUUGAAAACCCUCCUUGGAAACCCAGUGUACUUCAUCUACCUUUGUGUGACCAUCAUUCAGCUGAACUCCCUUAUUGGCAUGGUAACUUACAAGCCCAAGUACAUAGAACAGCACUAUGGACAGUCGGCAUCAAAAGCCAAUUUCUUAAUGGGUACGAUUAAUAUCCCCGCUGUAGCUUUGGGAAUUUUCUUCGGUGGUCUGCUGAUGAAGAGGCUGAAGCUGGAUAUCAUGGGAGCAGCCAAGUUUGCAAUAGGAACCUCUUUGAUAGGCUACUUCUUAUCUCUUUUCUUCUUUGCCAUGAGCUGCGAGAAUGCCAAAGUGGCUGGGAUCACGAUUCCCUACAACAGGGUGAACGGUGUAUCAGGCUGUAAUUCACAAUGUGUUUGUUCAGAAAGUGACUGGGACCCUGUCUGUGGGGAGAAUGGCAUCACAUACGUCUCUCCCUGUCUGGCUGGAUGCCAGGCCUCCACCGGAUCAGGGAAGAACACGGUGUUCUUUAACUGUAGCUGUGUCGCCACUGCUGGGUUAAGCAGUGGUAACCUGACAGCCAGCGCAGGCCACUGUACACAGAGACAGGACUGUGACCGGGUCUUCUCUUACUUCCUGGCUCUCUCCGUCAUCACUUCCUUCAUCAUCUCCCUGGGUGGCACACCAGGCUACAUGGUGCUAAUCAGGUGUAUCAAGCCUCAACUGAAGUCUUUAGCUCUUGGAUUCCACACUCUGACCACACGCACACUUGCGGGCAUCCCAGCACCCAUUUACUUCGGGGCGAUCAUCGACACCACGUGUCUGAAGUGGGGCCUAAAGAAAUGCGGAGGGAAAGGAGCCUGUUGGUUAUACAACACUACAGCGUACAGAAUAGCCUACCUGGGUCUAACUAUGGGCCUGAGGACAGUAUCCUUCCUACUGUGCAUCCUGGGAUUCCUGCUGCUCAAACGACACCUGCGGAGAGAGGAAUGCUGUGCCCACCAGCUGGCCAAUGGCGGAGCAGAACUGGAAGCUCUCAGGGAAGAGGAUGUCCUAGCCUCCAACUCGGAGCAAUCACUACGAACGUCAACAACAGACUGCAACAACACAGAGAGAGAGACCCGGCUGUGACAGUCUGAGCCAGUCUCCUUGGACAUACAGACAGAACUAUACACAUACGCACAGGCAGCGUGCACGCACACACAUACAGACACACACACACACAGACA